GCAGGGGCAUCGAAGCGCGCUUUCCAAUUUUCAAAUCCACUAAACGGCCAUUUUCACUCUCUUCUUCAAAUCUCUCUGCCACCAUCUUCAUACCUCCAUAGCCAGUCACACCGCAAAUCUCCAGCACAAUGGCCACUCUUACACCAGGAAUCCUCUUGAAGCUCCUCCAGUCGAUGAACACGAACGCCAGAGUCACCGGCGACCACCGCUCUCCGCUCCUCCAGGUGAUUGGAAUCGUGCCGGCGCUUUCCACGUCCGAUUCCUUGUGGGCACAUCACGGGUUCUAUGUUCAACUCUCCGACUCUCUGAAUUCCACCUACGUCUCCCUCUCCGACCGAGACACGGAUCUCAUCCUCACCAACCGUCUUCAGCUAGGUCAGUUUGUCCAUGUCGAACGCUUCGUCUUUGACUCCCCACCCGUCCCACGCGCACUCAAUAUCCGCCCGAUAGCUGGUAGGCACAGCUCUGUUGGGUCCCCUGAGCCUCUAAUCGCUCGGAUCUCUCCUAAGAACGGAGGGUUUGUUAUCCAGCCAGUCACGGAUUCGGACCCCAUUGCUGCAUAUUUGCCGAGAAGUGGAAGAAGUGAGAAUGAAAUUAAGGGGACCGGUAAAGAUGAGGACAAAAUUGGUAACAGAAAAGUUUUUUCUGCAAAGGAGAACGUUGGUUUGGAAGACCCUUCAAAUAAAACUGUGCCUGAGAAGUCUACACCGGCGCCGGCUGCUCCUCAAAGGUUUUCGUCCCCAGGAUCUGCGAGGCAGAGGUCACUAUCCUCAAGUAAGAAAAGCGUUGCUGCGGAGAGAGAUCCAUCGCCUGCUGGAAAAGUGAAGAGGUCAGCAUCACCCGUGCCAUCCAAGUGUGUCGUGCCUAGCCUUGUGUCAGCCAAGGAGGAGAAUCGCCGGACGUCAAGAGAGGCGGCCAUCAUAGUGCCUUCAAGAUACAGGCAGCCUUCGCCGACAUCGGGUAGGAGGCAAGCAAGUCCGGUGGUCUCAAGAAGGAUGUCUCUCUCGCCUGCACGGAGGUUGUCCGGUGUGAAAGAUUCUUCAGGAAAAAAGAAGAUAACAGCUAUUGCUGCCGGAAUUUCCAAGGUCUCCGAGGCAAUUGUCGGGUCUAGUAAAUCUAGUAGAAAGAGUUGGGAUGAAGGUCCAGCUGUCUCAGCUGGGCUGUCGGACUUCAAAGCCACCCGGAAUAAGCCCGAUUUGCAGGCAAUUCUCAGAACUCAGGCUGCCAUUUCUAGGCGUUUGAGUGAUGCAAGUAUAUCUCAAGAUGAUGGUGCAAGUGAUGAAAAGGUGAAAUGUGCAGAACGAUCUGUAGAAUCAGAGAAGCUGAACAUGGCUCCAGUCAUACGAAUUCAUGAGAAGAAAUGGACAGAUGGCAGUGUUCCGCUAGACUCGCUCACUCCUGACCUUGCAAUACUUGGAAAGGAAGCUAGGCAAAGAAGAGUUGUUGCCUCAAAGGCUGCCGCAGAUGCUUUAGAAGAGGCCCUUGCCACUGAAUCCAUUGUUAGAGGCUUGAGCAUGUUUUCUGAAAUCUGUUCAAGUUCAAAGAAGGCUGAGAACCCGUUGCCUACAAUAGACCGCUUUUUGUCUGUCUAUGAAGAUGUGGUGAAAUCAACAUCAGUUGUUGAAUCAGUCACCAUUACCCACUCUUCACCAGAACUUCAAGAAAAUUUCUCAACUGAUCAGUCCAACAAACCAUCUUCUCUUUGGGUUGAGGCUGCUUUAGCAACUGAUCUUGAAGUCGUCUCGCUCCUAACAACAGACCACAACUUAGAACCUACACCAUCCCCUCUUGAGAAAAGUGCACCCAAGAAACAUGGAAAAUCAUCAUUAUCAUCUAUCAAACCUUUUUCUGGACCAGUUUCUUCUUCUCCAGUUUGGAAAAGGGGUGAAGGAAUGAAUGAGACUCUGGAACUAGCAAAGAAGUUGCAAGCAGAGAUGGAAUUAUGGUUCCUCGGGUUUGUUAAGGACUCGUUGGAAGUUGGUUUUCAGGUUCUCCAGAGAUGCCCUUCCCAAGUAGAUGGAGAAGAUCUCAAGUGUGGCCCAAUCGCGUCCAUUCUUUCCCAGCUGAAGAGAGUCAACACCUGGUUGGACCAAAUUUCCAGGAAAGAAGAGGGCUUGGCGGAAAAGAUUGAGAGGUUGAGGAUGAAGAUAUAUGGAUUUGUUAUCCAAAAUGUGGGAUCAGUAGAAAAUUCAGCAUAAUUUUGAGCUAUUUAGUUUUUUCAUCGUCUUUUUCCUGGAAGAAUGCCCAUAGUACCUGCUGGUAGUAAUGUGUUUGUUCUCUAUUACCACCAUAUAUGGUAGUAAUGUGUUUGCUUUUGCGAUGAUUUCUUGAGCAGAAACAGUAUAAUUUUUUACCUUUCUUAGCAAUCUUCGGCUAACAAUUUAUUGAUGCUCUGUUUGGCAUUUGUAAGAGCAGUUUUUUCGUACUCGUUAAAAACCCAUAUA